CGCAUGACACUCUGGAUUCAAGUCACUGAAAACAACAUGAUGAGAUUUUACAAAUAGUGACUUGUGCCCGCUGAGACUGACAACGUUAUCCAAAGGCUGAGAAUGAAGAUUCAUAAUACUAUUGUUUUAUAGCAGACUGACAGUAGUAAUGGAAGUCUUGUAUGGGUAUGGGAUAAGCAGUACGUUAUACCUGCAGACGCAUUAUGGGCAUGCCCAAAGCUGGUUUACGUUCGUGUCUACAGUGGCAGACCUGCGUACAACAUUUUUAGUCUUUUUUCCCAUCUGGUUCCACCUACAAUCAGCAGUGGGCGUGAAGCUGGUCUGGGUUGCUGUUGUGGGAGACUGGCUCAACUUAGUCCUCAAAUGGCUCAUGUUUGGUGAGCGUCCUUAUUGGUGGGUUAAGGAAACGGUUUAUUACGGCAACUUGACUCUACCACAAAUCAAACAGUUCCCCAUGACCUGCGAGACUGGCCCCGGAAGUCCCUCGGGUCAUGCGAUGGGAGCUGCAGGGGUAUACUAUUCCAUGAUCACAUCACUGCUGCCGAUUUUGCAGGGAUGUGACACCCUAAAAAGAUGGUGCUUGCAGGGUCUUCUUUGGGCUCUUUUCUGGGGUGUGCAGGUGUGUGUGAGUCUUUCUCGAGUCUUCAUUGCAGCUCAUUUCCCACAUCAGGUCUUUGCUGGAGUUGUUUCGGGAAUUGCAGUGGCCAAGGCUUUUAAUAGAGUGUCCUGGAUCUAUUCAGCAAGCUUGAAGGGUUAUGUGCACACCAUCCUCUGUCUCGUGUUUGUUGCGCUGGGGCUUUAUGCUUUGUUGGAUGCUGCUUCAAUAGACCCCUACUGGAGCCUAAUGAAGGCACAGAAGUGGUGCAUUCAGUCUGAAUGGGUCCAUCUGGACACCACACCCUUCGCUGGCCUCCUCCGCAACACUGGCGCCCUGUUCGGCCUAGGGCUGAGCCUCCAUUUGCCUAGUCAUGGUGAUAUGGAAAAAAACAAGAGCUGUGGAAACAGCGCCAUUUACAGACUGACCUGUACAGCAGCAACACUGCCACUCCUGAGCCUCUUAGACUCAUUCAGACCACCGACUAGCACUCAUGCUCUCUUCUAUGCGCUUUCUUUUUGUAAGGGCGCCACUGUGCCUCUAACCACUAUAGGUUUUGUACCUUACUGCAUAAGCACAUUAGCAAAUGUAUUCAACAGAAUAAAAGCACAAUAAAAUUCUUAUUUUUGCAAAUUAAAUCUGUAUUUACUAUUUUCCAUACUUUGCCUGUUUUUUAUUAUUCUAGAAAACAUAAUAUUACUUUAUAGGUGACCCUGGACCACAAAACCAGUCAUAAGUCGCACAGGUAUAUUUGUAGCAAUAGCCAACAAUACAUCGUAUGGGUCAAAAAUAUUGAUUUUUC